AUGGCGCCUCCGAGAAUCCUCAUUGUUGGUUGUGGCAUCGCUGGCCCGACGCUCGCGUCUUUCCUACUUCUAGCCGACAUCCCUGCCGCUCAUAAGCCUCACAUCACCAUUCUGGAGCGCGAGUCUACGCGCAAAGCUCAUCUGCGCGGCCAGAAUAUUGACAUCCGCGGCUCGGGUGUGACCAUCAUCCGCAAGCUUGGACUCGAAGCACAGAUUCGAGCUUCUACCACUGGAGAAGAAGGUGUCCAGCUCGUUGAUGAGAAUAAUCAUGUCUGGUCACAAAACCGCGUCGAUAAGAGCGGAGAGAUACAGACGCCAACGAGCGACAUUGAGAUUCUCAGAGGUAGACUGGCUGAGCUGUGUUGGAAGAACAGCCAGCGUAUCAGCGCCGAAGCUGAGCGUGAAAGCGCCAAGGGUAUCGAGUACAUAUUUGGAGAUUAUCUCGACGAGAUCAAACAAGACGACAAACAGGUGCAUGUGCACUUUGCCAGGAGCGGAGAGACAAGGAGCUUCGACCUUCUAGUUGGAGCUGAUGGUAUGCAGAGUCACACACGCAAGAUAGUAUGGGGCGAAGAAGGUGAGAAGGACCGAUUGAAGCGGAUAGGAAUGUUUGCCGGUUUCUUCAGUAUCCCACGCGAGGGACAUGAUGGCAAGUGGAGACGGUGGUUCCAUGCCCCUGGUCGACGCGGCAUCAUGUUGCGACCAGAUAGUCUCGGCGUGAGGUCUACCAUCUUCAUGUAUGUGGUGAACGAAAAGGAUCCCAGGUUUAUUGAAGUUGCGACAAAAGGGAAUAACGGCGCCGAAGCCCAGAAGGCACUCUUGGAGGAAUACUUCAAAGACGCUGGGUGGGAGUGCGACAGAAUCAUCCGGGAGAUGAAAUCAACCGAUGAUUUCUACUACGACGCUGUCUCUCAGGUGAAAAUGGAUAGCUGGACAAAAGGAAGAGUAGUACUCCUGGGUGAUGCAGGUUAUUGCGCCUCUCCCAUAUCCGGCCUAGGCACAACCUUGGCUUUCAGUGCAGCCUAUAAGCUAGCAGGUUACCUCCAGGGAUAUAUCAAGGGAGAGGAUACAGACCCUUCAGCUGCGCUUGCGCAGUACAACGCGCAAAUGAAACCUAUUGUCGAAGAGUGCCAGGAGUUGGCACCUGGCCAGCCAUAUAUCAUCAAUCCUGAGACCGCCUGGGGUGUCUGGGUUAUGCGAGUCCUCAUUCGGUCAUUAUCAUAUACCAGAAUCAUCUUCGUUAUUGUCAAGUUCUUUGGGAGAAUCCUCCAUUUAGGACCUCAAGCAGCGGAUUACGUGCGAGUCGAAAAUUUUGGCUUUAAGGAGAUGUCUGUAUGGGAGAAAGAGGAUACUGAAAAGCGCAGUUAA